AUGGAACGAGGCUGUUUCGCGGCCCGAGAAGGUUCGCAGUUCACCAUCCGAAGCUGGUCGUCAUUUGCAAUCGCUAACGCGAAAGCAGCAUUGGACCUACCGAGCGCAAAGCUCGCGCUUCCGCACGCUGAUAUGUGGAGCCUAGCACCUGAAACGAAUCAAAAAGGAAUCAAAGGUAGAAUUCGUUCAAGCGGCUUCUUCACCGCCCGGCCAUGCCGUCAGCGCAAAGAGCUGCUCGAUGACGACCAUUCAAGAAUCAACGAGACGGCCCGGGCAUGA